GCUCAUUUGUGUUUGCUGUGACUGUCACGGAUGCGGAUGCUGGCUCCAAUGCCGAGCUCCAUUACUCCCUCAUGGGGAAAAACUCAGAGAAAUUCCACAUCGAUCCAGCGAGAGGGGCGAUCCUGGCUGCGAACCCACUGGCGGGAGAGUCCGAAGUCACCAUUUCUGUUCACGUGAGGGACGGCGGCCGGUACCCCAAGACAGACUCUACAACCGUCACCGUGAGGUUUGUGAACAGAGCAGAAUUCCCUCGUGUUCAGGCGGAUCAGGAGACCUUCACGUUUCCUGAAAACCAAGCGGUUGGUACACUUGUCACCACCGUCUCUGGGUCUUCAGCCAGAGGAGGCUCCUUGUCUUACUAUAUCGCCAGUGGUAACCUGGGCAGCACCUUCCUGGUCGACCAGGCGACAGGACAGCUUUCUGUCGGGCGGGCUUUAGAUUUUGAAGCCAUACAGAAAUACGUGGUUUGGAUCGAGGCCAGAGAUACGGGCUUUCCUCCCUUUUCCUCAUAUAAGAAACUGGAAGUAACGGUGAUAGACGUGAAUGAUAACGCGCCAGAGUUUGAGCGAGAUCCCUUCAUUGCAGAAAUAGUGGAGAACCUGUCCCCACGGAAGAUACUGGUGGUGGCUGCUGUCGACAAGGACAGUGGCCUAAAUGGACAGCUGAAUUAUGAAAUAAUUGAGGGCAAUACAGAAAAUAGUUUCAGUAUCAAUCGGGCCACUGGUGAGAUCAGAAGCGUCAGGCCCUUGGACAGAGAGAAAUUGUCUCGAUACACACUAACCAUAAAAGCUUCGGAUAAAGGCACCCCGCUCCAGAGCACAACUGUCAAAGUUAUCAUAAAUAUUUUAGAUGAAAAUGACAAUGCUCCAAGGUUUUCCCAGAUAUUCAGUGCUUCCGUGCCUGAAAACGCUCCUCUGGGUUUUACGGUAACCCGAGUCACGACGUCAGAUGAAGACAUUGGGGUGAACGCGGUCAGCAGGUACUCCAUAAGGGAUACGAGCCUCCCGUUUACCAUAAAUCCCAACACCGGGGACAUCACCAUCAGCAGACCGCUAAACAGGGAGGACACUGACCGCUACAGAAUCAGGGUCUCUGCGCAUGACUCUGGGUGGACGGUGAGCACAGAUGUCACCAUAUUUGUUACAGAUGUCAACGACAAUGCCCCUCGAUUUACAAAGCCAUCAUAUUACUUGGAGUGUCCUGAGCUUCCUGGGAUUGGGCUGAAGGUCACCCAGGUUUCAGCCACCGAUCCUGAUGAAGGGUCGAACGGUCAAGUCUUCUACUUCAUAAAAUCCCAGUCGGAGUUCUUCCGAAUCAAUGCAACCACGGGGGAAAUUUUCAACAAGCAGUAUUUAAGGUACCAAAACUCCAGCGGUUCAAGCAAUGUCAACAUUAAUAGACACAGCUUCAUCGUUACUUCUUCAGACCGAGGCAGUCCUCCGUUAAUGAGCGAGACAACCGUCACCAUUAACAUAGUAGACAGCAAUGACAACGCACCGCUGUUCCUCGCUCGUAAAUAUUUUACUCCUGUUACUAAGAACGUGAGGGUUGGCACAGACUUAAUUAAAGUUACUGCAGUGGAUGACAAAGACUUUGGCUUGAAUUCUGAAGUGGAGUACUUUAUCUCUGAGGAAAGCAAGACUAAUAAAUUCAGACUGGACAGGAGUACAGGCUGGAUUUCUGUGUCAUCUUCACUAAUGGCUGAUUUGAACAAAAACUUUCUGUUUAAAGUGAAAGCAAAGGAUAAAGGUAAUCCUCCGCUCUCAUCCGAGGUAACUGUUGAAAUAGUCGUGACAGAGGAAAAUUACCAUACACCUGAGUUUUCUCAAAGCCGUAUGAGCGUUACUAUCCCAGAGAGUCACUCUGUUGGAGCGGUGGUCAGGACAGUCUCAGCCCGUGACAGAGAUGCUGCUAUGAACGGAUUAAUCAGAUAUAAUAUUUCCUCUGGAAAUGAGGCUGGCGUCUUUGCUAUAAAUACAACUACGGGUACACUGACACUAGCAAAACCACUUGAUUUUGAGUCGUGCCAAAAGCAUGAGCUAGUCAUUACCGCCACGGAUGGAGGAUGGGUUUCCAGAACAGGCUACUGCAGUGUCACUGUUAAUGUCAUCGAUGUGAAUGAUAAUUCUCCAGCAUUCAGCCCUGAGGACUACUUUCCCAACGUGUUAGAAAAUGCCCCCAGUGGGACAACUGUUAUCCGUUUAAAUGCCACUGAUGCUGACUCUGGACCUAACGCUGUGGUCGCAUAUGCUAUUCAGUCCUCAGAUAGUGACCUUUUUGUCAUUGACCCCAAUACAGGAACCAUCACCACCCAGGGAUUUUUAGACUAUGAAACAAAGCAAAGUUACCAUUUAACAGUAAAGGCUUUUAAUGUUCCAGAUGAAGAGAGGUGCAGCUUUGCUAGUGUCAACAUCCAGUUAGAAGGGACAAAUGAAUACGUGCCCCGUUUUGUGUCCAAGCUAUAUUAUUUUGAGGUUUCUGAGGCAGCCUCCAAAGGUACUGUUGUAGGUGAAGUUUUUGCAAGUGAUCGUGAUAUGGGAACUGAUGGAGAAGUCCACUACCUCAUCUUUGGCAACAGCAGAAAGAAGGGCUUCCAGAUAGAUGAGAAAAGUGGCCAGAUCUAUGUUUCAGGACCUCUUGACAGAGAAAAAGAAGAACGAAUCUCUUUGAAAGUCCUCGCAAAAAAUUUUGGGAGCAUUCGUGGUGCAGAUAUAGAUGAAGUAACUGUUAAUAUCACUAUACUGGAUGCCAACGAUCCUCCUGUUUUUACCUUAGGAACCUACAAUAUACAAAUCAGUGAGGGUGUUCCUCCAGGCACUCAUGUCACGUUCGUGAGUGCCUUUGAUUCAGAUUCUGUCCCUAGCUGGAGCAGGUUUUCCUACUUCAUUGGGUCUGGCAAUGACAACAGCGCCUUUUCCAUCAACCCACAGACAGGGCAGGUGACGGUCACUGCAGAGCUGGAUCGAGAAACGUUGCCUGUGUACAACCUAUCUGUGCUGGCCGUCGAUUCAGGAACGCCGUCUGCCACAGGAAGUGCCUCUUUAUUGGUAACUUUGGAAGAUAUCAACGACAACGGCCCUACCUUGUCCACCAGCCAAGGAGAAGUCAUGGAGAAUAACCGUGCGGGAACUCUUGUGAUGACACUUCAGUCGUCAGAUCCUGAUCUCCCUCCGAACCAAGGUCCCUUUACGUAUUAUUUGCUCAGCACUGGCCCCGCAACCAGCUACUUCAGCCUUAGCACCGCUGGUGUGCUGACAACCACGAGAGAGAUCGACAGGGAGCAAAUCAGCGAUUUCUACCUGUCGGUGAUUACGAGAGACUCUGGCGUUCCUCAGAUGUCUUCUACAGGAACUGUGCAAAUCAAGGUAAUAGACCAAAAUGACAACCCAUCUCAGCCAAGAACAGUAGAAAUCUUUGUUCACUAUUAUGGCAACCUCUUCCCAGGUGGAAUUUUGGGCAACGUAAAGCCACAGGAUCCAGAUGUGCUAGACAGCUUCCAGUGUUCCCUCACCUCAGGAGUCACCAGCCUCUUCAGCAUUCCUGGGGGCACCUGCGAGUUGUACUCGCAGGCGAGGUCCACGGAUGGCACGUUUGACCUGGCUGUCCUCAGUAAUGACGGGCUGCAUGGUGCCGUCACCAGCAGCGUCCGGAUUUUCUUUGCGGGCUUCGGCAACGCCACCAUUGACAACAGCAUCCUCCUCCGCCUGAGCGCCCACAGCGUGCGGGAUUUCCUAACGAAUCACUAUCUCCACUUCUUGCGCAUCGCCAGCUCCCAGCUGACGGGGCUGGGCACUGCCGUCCAGCUCUAUGGGCUCUACGAGGAGAGCAACCACACCUUCCUGAUGGCGGCCAUCAAACGCGGCAACAACCAGUACGUGAAUCCCAGUGGCGUGGCUACGUUCUUCGAGAGCAUCAAAGAUGUCCUCUUGCGCCAGAGCGGGGUGCGGAUCGAGGCUGUGGACCACGACUGGUGCCUGCAGAGCCCCUGUCAGAAUGGAGGGAGCUGCCUGAGGAGGUUGGCAGUGAGCCCAGCUCUGAAGAGCCAUGAGAGCAUCCCUGUCAUCAUCGUGGCCAACGAGCCCCUCCGGCCCUUCGUGUGCAGGUGCAUGCCAGGGUACGACGGGAGUCUGUGCGAGACGGACAUCGACGAAUGCCUCCCUUCCCCCUGCCACAAUGACGGGACUUGCCACAACUUGGUGGGGGGCUUCUCGUGCAGUUGCCCGGAGGGCUUCACUGGCAUGGCCUGCGAGAGGGACGUCAACGAGUGCCUUUCCAACCCGUGCAAGAAUGGUGCCGCCUGCCAGAACUUCCCUGGAAGCUUCAACUGCGUUUGUAAGACCGGGUAUACAGGUGUUUUUGGGAAUCAUUGUGAACUGAACAGUUAUGGAUUUGAAGAGUUGUCGUAUAUGGAGUUUCCCAGUAUGGAUCCAAACAAUAAUUACAUCUAUAUCAAGUUUGCCACUAUAAAAAGACAUGCCUUGAUGUUGUAUAACUACGAUAACCAAACUGGAGAGCGGGCAGAAUUUCUGGCCCUGGAAAUUGUAGAAGAGAGGCUGAGGUUCUCCUACAAUCUCGGCAGUGGCACAUACAAGCUUACCACGGCUAAGAAGGUGUCGGAUGGACAAUUUCACACGGUUAUUGCCCGGAGGGCUGGAAUGGCAGCAUCCCUGACGGUGGAUUCCUGCUCUGAGGAUCAGGAGCCAGGCUACUGCACUGUUAGCAAUGUUGCUGUUUCUACUGACUGGACUCUUGAUGUACAACCAAAUCGAGUUACUGUUGGUGGCAUCAGGUCUGUAGAGCCCAUCCUUCAAAGGAGAGGACAGGUGGAAAGCCAUGAUUUUGUGGGCUGUAUAAUGGAGUUUGCAGUCAACGGACGUCCCCUGGAGCCCAGCCAGGCGUUGGCAGCUCAAGGAAUCUUAGAUCAGUGUCCCAGACUAGAAGGCGCUUGCACGACCAGCCCCUGCCAGCACGGCGGCACCUGCGUUGACCACUGGUCGUGGCAGCAGUGUCACUGCAGAGAUGGACUGACGGGAAAACACUGUGAAAAAUAUAUUACCGCCGACACUGCCUUAUCGCUGGAAGGCAAAGGACGACUUGACUACCACAUGAGCCCAAACAAGAAACGAGAAUACAUGAUGAGACACGGCACUCGAGGCGUUGGCCCGGGACCCCCGAACGUGGAGCGCUUGGAAGUGAAGUUCAGGACGAGAAGUGAGAACGGCGUUUUAGUUCACGUCCAGGAGAGCAGCAACUUCACUACCGUGAAGGUAAAAGGUGGCAAAGUGCAUUACGUCUCUGAUGCUGGAAUUGCUGGGAAAGUGGAAAGAAAUAUCCCAGAAGUGUACGCUGCGGACGGUCAGUGGCAUUCGGUGCUCAUUGAGAAGAACGGGUCUGCUACUAUUCUGUCGGUUGAUGGGACUCAUAGCCGAGACAUCCUCCACGCAACGCAAGACUUCGGUGGACUAAACGUUCUUACAAUUUCUUUGGGAGGAAUCCCAUCCAGCCAACCUUUCAAGAGCACACAGACAAAGGGCUUCGAUGGCUGCAUCUCCUACGUCAAGUACGGCGGGGAGAGCCUCCCCUUCGCUGGCAAGCACAGCCUCGCCACUCUCUCCAAAACAGACCCCUCGGCCGUGCCAGCUAUCGUGGGGAGCUGCGCGACAGUCCUGGCGCUGCUGGUCCUCAGCCUCAUCCUCUGCAACCAGUGCCGGGGGAAGAAGUCAAAAGCCCCAAAAGAGGAGAAGAAAACAAAGGAGAAGAAGAAAAAAGGGAGUGAGAACGUGGCGUUUGACGACCCGGACAACAUCCCGCCCUAUGGCGAUGACAUGACGGUCAGGAAGCAGCCCGAAGGGAACCCAAAACCCGAUAUCAUCGAAAGAGAAAACCCGUAUCUCAUCUACGACGAAACAGACAUCCCGCACGCCACGGAGACGAUCCCCAGCGCCCCGCUGGCUUCCCCCGAGCCCGAGAUCGAGCACUACGACAUCGACAACGCCAGCAGCAUCGCUCCCUCGGACGCCGACAUCAUCCAGCACUACAAGCAGUUUCGGAGCCACACGCCCAAGUUCUCCAUCCAGAGGCACAGCCCGCUGGGCUUUGCCCGGCAGUCCCCCAUGCCCCUGGGAGCCAGCAGCUUGACCUACCAGCCUGCCUAUGGGCAAGGCUUGAGGACAACCUCUUUAAGCCACUCAGCGUGCCCUACUCCCAACCCCCUGUCUCGGCACAGCCCCGCACCCUUCUCCAAAUCGUCCACUUUCUACAGGCACAGUCCGGCGAGGGAGCUACACCUUGCCAUAAGGGAAGGGAGCCCGCUGGAGAUGCACAACGAUGUCUGCCAGCCCGGCAUUUUUAACUACGCCACUCGGCUGGGGAGGAGAAGUAAGAGUCCGCAGACCAUGGCGAGCCACGGUUCCCGACCGGGAAGCCGCCUGAAGCAGCCUAUCGGGCAGAUCCCUCUGGAGUCUGCUCCUCCGGUGGGGCUGUCCAUCGAAGAGGUGGAGAGACUGAACACCCCUCGCCCCAGAAACCCCAGCAUCUGCAGCGCAGACCAUGGCCGGUCCUCUUCUGAGGAGGACUGCAGAAGGCCUCUGUCCCGGACAAGGAACCCGGCCGAUGGUAUUCCCGCACCCGAGUCCUCCUCCGACAGCGACUCCCACGAGUCCUUCACCUGCUCAGAGAUGGAGUACGACAGGGAUAAGCCCAUAGCGUACACCUCUAGGAUGCCCAAGUUAUCCCAGGUCAACGAGUCCGAUGCGGAUGACGAGGACAACUACGGUGCCAGGCUGAAGCCCCGGCGGUACCCUGGCCGCCGAGGUGAGGGGGGACCGGUGGGGGCACAGGCGACCGCCGCCAGCGCCGGGGAGAGCUCCCUGCCCGUGAAGCUGGGGCAGCAAGCGGGAAGCUUCAACUGGGACAACCUCUUGAACUGGGGCCCGGGCUUUGGGCAUUAUGUGGAUGUUUUCAAAGAUUUGGCAUCACUUCCUGAAAAAACAGCAGCAGCAGCAGCAGCGAGCGAAGACGGCAAAGGUGGUACAACAAAGCCUGUUUCCAAGGAUGGGGAAGCAGAACAGUAUGUAUAG